GUGCAAAAGACUAUAAUGACGAGUAGAUAACGCUGAUAACUUGUCAUUUUCACCCGUUUACAAACGCGUCGGCGCGAAACUGGCGCGAUAAUUGCGUUUCCAUGAGUCCCUGGGUGAAAACCACUUCGAUUGGUUCCACGUUCGAAUAAUAACGGAAGAUCAGGCACUCAGGAAUCAGACGUCGCUAACCGGUAAUCUCCGCGUUGCUGCCAGCGAAGUAUAUCGCGUUACAUACCGUGCGUUUGCGUUCUCUCGGAGAGAAAGAGAGAGGGGCAGCUAGGCAGGGAGGAGACGCGUUAUAUCGCGAUAACGUUUGUCCAGGUUGAGUCGGCAGUUGCCUUCCAGAAUCCUUCUGUCGCGUUUGGUCUACGUUCGAGCGGAAUUUCAUCGUCGACCAUCAUGGCACUGCCACCAGCCUUGAAAACCUUGUUCAAGUACAUAGACGAGCACAAGCAGGAAUAUAUCGAUAACUUGAAGGAGGCGGUGGCUAUCAAGUCGGUGUCGGCAUGGGCGAACUGCCGGGGCGAAGUGGUCAAAAUGAUGAAGUGGGCAGAGGUGAGGCUGAAGGACCUCGGGGCGACCACGGAACUGGCUGACGUCGGCAUGCAGACUCUCCCCGACGGCAAGGAGAUCCCGCUGCCUCCUGUGCUACUCGGCAGCCUCGGCAAGGACCCGAAGAAGAAAACUGUACUUCUGUACGGACACUUGGACGUGCAGCCCGCGCUCAAGACGGACGGAUGGGACACCGAGCCUUUCGUCCUUACUGAGAAAGACGGGAAGCUCUUCGGUCGAGGCAGCACGGACGACAAAGGGCCGGUUCUUUGUUGGAUACACGCGUUGCAGGCUUACAAAGCAACGGGGAUCGAUAUCCCUGUUAAUCUCAAGUUCGUCUUUGAGGGAAUGGAAGAGAGUGGCAGCGAAGGCCUGGAUGAGCUUCUUUGGGAGAGGAAAGACAGUUUUCUACAGAACGUAGACUAUGUCUGCAUAUCUGACAAUUAUUGGCUGGGCACCAAGAAACCAUGUAUCACUUACGGCCUGCGAGGUAUCUGCUAUUUCCUGAUAGAAGUCAAUUGCGCAACCAAGGACUUGCACAGCGGCACCUUUGGUGGAUGUGUAUACGAAGCUAUGGCAGACCUGAUUUACUUAAUGAAUACCUUGGUCGAUGUUAACGGUCGGAUUUUGAUAGACGAUAUUUAUAGUAGCGUGGCAGAACUCACGAAAGCUGAAUUAGCCAGUUACAAGGAUAUAGAUUUUGAUGUUAACGAGUUUAGAGAAACAGUUGGAACUAAGGAACUAGCGCAUAAAGAAGAUAAGAUUAAGCUGCUAUUGCAUCGCUGGAGGCAGCCCAGUUUAUCUAUUCACGGGAUAGAAGGUGCUUUCAGCGAGCCAGGAGCGAAAACGGUAAUUCCGAGUAAAGUCACUGGCAAGUUUUCCAUUAGAAUAGUGCCGCACAUGACGCCGGACGAGACGACCGCGAAGGUGGUCGCGUAUAUAAAUAAGAAGUGGCAAGAACGGGGUAGUCCAAAUACUAUGAACGUGAGCAUGUUCCACGGCGGUAAACCGUGGUCCGAGAAUCCUGAUCAUCCGAAUUACAUAGCUGGUCGCAAGGCGACUCAACAUGUUUACAAUGUAGAGCCCGAUCUCUCUCGCGAAGGCGGCUCGAUACCAGUUACCCUGACUUUCCAGGAGGUCACUGGUAAAAAUGUAUUGCUCUUACCAGUCGGCCAGGGUGACGACGGUGCACAUUCUCAAAAUGAGAAGUUAAAUAUAUUCAACUACAUCCAAGGGACGAAACUACUUGGAGCUUAUCUGUACGAAGUGGCUCACGUCUGAUACUUUAACUGAAGCUAUUAGCUUUCAUUAAUCUCAAGAUUAUAAAAGAGGUGCUUGGUAUUUUAUUUUUAACUUUAAAACGAAUUCAGCUACAAAACAUUGCGUUUUGAUGUAUUCGACACCUUUUACUCCAAAAAGUUUUAUGGAAAUGUUAUUUUUUACAAUUUGUGUAUAUUACUGAAAAUAAUAUAAAAUACAUAUAUUCUGAGUAA